UUUAUAAGCGGCGCCAAGAGUUGUGUAUAGACCUAGGAGUUGUGGUAAGCUAUAGGCCCAUAACACAACAAACAAAUAAACACUCUGAAAAUUAUUGUAGAACUGUAACAACAUGGUAGGAUUUUCAUCUCAAACAGAAUCAUGGGUUUCCAUCAGAAACUCAAUCUAUCACUCCCAACAACACGAAACAACAACGACAACCGCGGAUGCCUUCCAUCGAGAACGUCAAGAUUUCACAAAGAUCAAUCGAGAACACGACGACAACAAUAACAACAACCAAGAUAAGAUUAGAAACAACAAGAAGAAGAAUCAGGUGUUGCUAGAGGGGUACGUGGAGGUGCUGGAUAAGGAGGAUGAGUUGAAGAGGACAAAGAGCUUGACUGAUGAAGAUCUCGACGAACUUAAAGGGUGUUUAGAUCUGGGGUUUGGAUUCAGCUACGAGGAAAUUCCUGAGCUUUGCAACACCUUACCUGCACUUGAGCUAUGUUACUCUAUGUCUCAGAAGUACUUGGGUGAUCAACACCACAAGUCUCCUGACACAUCUCCAGACACCACCACCGCCGAACCCAUCUCCAGCCCCGUCGCCAAUUGGAAGAUCUCUAGUCCUGGUGACCAUCCAGAAGAUGUUAAAGCAAGGCUCAAAUUCUGGGCACAGGCUGUGGCCUGCACUGUUAAACUAUGCAGCUAAAAGAUUCGUCAACAAUCAUUGGGAAAAAAAGGAUCAAUAUUUCUCAAAGACGAGCAUCAACUGCCAGAGCCCGUCAUGUAGAGCUUACGCCCUGCCGAUCCAUGCCAGGAGUUCUUCUGGCGGGAAUGAAAUUUCCUGCAUUAAUUGUUGGGAACGAACCUGCCAAAACUUUUUAAUAUGGAUCAGCUGCAAGGAGUAGGACAAGAAGAGUGUGAUGAUGAAGAUGUUUCAGUGUUUGAUAUUGCAAUGAAGUCCUACCUACUGUUGGUUUGAACGCAGUGGUGAGAGCCUCCAGUAGAGCUUCACCAACUAGUUGCGGACCUCUGCAUUUGCUGAGGUAACUAAUCUAACUGCGUUGAUUAACUAUACAUGUUUCCUUUCACCUGUACCAUGACUCCUAUGGUGGUGGUCGGUACCUAAUGAAUGUCACAGCAUUCGCUACCAAUAAUGCUCAGCUUUGCUAACAAUAGACUGAUUUUGUGUUUAUCCAUUUUAUGGAUAGAUGACUACUCAUUUUACUGGUACUGCGGAAGCAGUUGAGAAUGAGGAAAAAAAAAAGAACUGGAGGAGAAGAAGGGCAGGCAUGUUAUGUUUUCAAAUCACUUCUGGAUCAGUUUCAUUUUGGCGAAAAUCCCGAUUAUCAGUUGUUCCUAGCUUAUCAGAGUCAGAUGAUCGCAGACCACUUUGAAACGUAUAUUUUAUUUUUAUCUGCGCCAAUAACAGAAGAAAUUGGAAGGGCUAGCAAAAUUUGAAUGUUCAUUGUUGGCUUGUUGCGUGUCAAACUAUGGAUCUAAUAAGCGUUUUGGAAUUACAUAUGUAGGCAAUUGGUGCACGUACAAUGGGGCAGGAUGACUUGGUCAGAAGAAACUUGUCAAAAGCAACUAAUUAAUUUUUUUUUUUUUUUACAAUCAAAUUCACGUGUUAAACUCAUGUAAUUAAUUAAAUAAUUAAUUAUUACAUCAUAUUUAAUUUAUAGUUAAUUUUAAACUCAUGUUAUGCAUGAACAGUCAAA